AGCGACUGGCCACACUGGUGCCAAAAAAGUGAAACAAAAUCGUAAAUAAAACAAAAAUUUGUGCAAAUUGGAGGGCAGAAGAACGUCUUUAAUUGCGACGCAGACGACACUAGAUACGCAUUUAACCUACGCCAGCAACGGGAUUCUCAUGGAGCAGGCUUAAUAGCAACAGGGGCAGAAAACAACUGAAAUUCACACAGGCAGAAAAAUCAUCAGACACUUCAGCCACACAGCACAGCACAGUUUGGUGUUCGUGUUCUAGUUGCCAUGUCAGCUCCACUCGCACGAAACUGGCCCUAUAUAUGGCAACAGUUGAACGCCCUGCUGCACAACACCUCGCCGGUGAUAACGCUCAUCUGUGUGGUGACCACCUUCGGCUAUCUGCUCUCCUUCUCGGAGCAGGCAAUCCUUCUGCUGAGCGUCACACCGGGCUACAUAUUGCCUAACGGAAAGUUCUGGAUAUGGACGGCAUUCACCUUUUGCUUCAUCGAGUUGCACUGGUGGGAAGUGGCCGUUGAUGUCGUCACUGUCGGACUGUGUGGAAAGAUGCUUGAGCCACUCUGGGGCCAGUUGGAGAUGUUCAAAUUCUUUGCGCUGAGCAAUUUCGGCGUCUCAUUGCUUACGACCAUCUACUAUUUGUUCUACUACAUGGUUACCAAGAAUCCAACCAUUCUGUUCGAUGUGCACAUCCAUGGCCUGGCCGGCUAUGUGGCUGGAAUUUGUGUGGCCGUGCGGCAAAUAAUGCCAGAUCAUUUGAUCUUCAAGACCCGCUACGGACGUCUAACCAAUAGGAACGUUCCACUCACUGUGCUCAUUAUGGCAAUCAUUUCGUGGGCUAUUGGCCUGCUGGAUGGCACAUAUCCGGCCAUGUUUGCCUCCGGUUCGCUGGUCUCCUGGAUCUACUUGCGCUUUUAUCAGCAUCAUCCGAACGGACGUGGCGACAGUUCUGAGAGCUUCACAUUUGUUAGCUUCUUUCCGAGUGUUUCGCAGCCGUUUAUCAGCGUUUUGGUAAAUCCCAUUUACAACUGCUGUUUGCGGGUGGGCGUGGUCAAAACGCCUACGCCACUGCGCACGAUAUCAACGGCCAGCCUGACGUCGAUCUCAGUGCAAAUGCCGGGUGCGGAUCCGCAUGAUAUUGAGCGCAGGCGGCAAAUAGCUUUGAAGGCGUUGAGCGAGCGAUUGAAGGCCACCGAUUCCACGCGGCAUGCCCAGCUGCCCAAGUCGUAUCCCGUGCAGUCGCAGCUGCAGCAGCAGCAUCACCAUCACCACCAGCAUCAUCAGCAACAGAAGCAUCACAGCGCUCACAGCCACGGACACACCCACAGCCAUGGAGCUGGACACAUUCAUAGUCAUAGUGGAGCUGCUGGUCAUAGUCAUGGUCCCGGACCGGCACAGACACCGCAGCCCGAUUUUCUUAAGCCCAGCAGCAAUUCCACGCAGUUACCCAUCACAACGUCGAGGGCCGAGCCGCGUAUGAUUAGCACCAUGAGUAACAUUGCCAUACCAAUGCCGGCACCGUCACCUAAAGAUGGCAUCGAGACCGCUGUUGCUGCACCUACAGCUGGUGGAACCGCCACCGCCACGCUAAUCACUUUGGAUGACAUACCGUCGACGUCAUCAUCGGCUUCAUUUUGAAUACAAAUGAGUUUUUUGAUAUUUAAAAGAAUGAUCUAAUUAAUGAUUUACAUUAACGCCCAUGUUUUGUAUGAUUCUGCAUCAAGUACGUUUCCCGCCCUUUCCCACUCUUGUAAUUACCGUUUGUAAAUCUGUAGAUUCCUUUGGAUUAGACGGUUGCUUGAUGCUCCUAAGAACCGCGAAAUAUUAGAGAGAGGACCCUUCCAGGCUAACCUUUGAGCAUAACUAGAUGCAUAAAUUCUGUUGUAGUUCUUACAUGUAAUUGUAAACGAUGCUUUAUUUAGUCAAUAAUUGUAAAUAUAUUUAAACAAA